AAAUGAAGACGGAACUCAUACAGGACGUGAGGGAAAUGAUUGACGGAAAUAAAGUCCAAGCCACGUCAGUGAGACAUGACCUGGCGAAUCUGCAGCAACUCUUAGAGACAGACGAGUGUGCCCAGAUGAGCCAUAACUGCAGUGCCGACGCGAUCUGCAUAGACACCAGAGUCUCUUUCAGAUGCAAAUGCAAACCUGGUCUGACAGGAGAUGGAUACUCGUGCACAGAUACUGACGAAUGCGCGGCCAACGAGACCAUCUGCGGGCCAAACAGCGUCUGCCAAAACACUCUGGGAAGCCACACGUGCGAAUGCGACGAAGGAUACGCUAUGAAAGAAUCCUCCGGCACUUGUGAAGAUAUUGAUGAGUGCAGGGAGGGCAAAAAUAAUUGUAGCACUUAUGCUAUCUGUGAAAAUUUACCAGGUGGUUACAACUGCACGUGUUCCAUACACCACGAAGGUGAUGGAUUCAGUUGCAAAGGAAUCGAAAUGAACUGCACAGAGCCUUUCAAAGCCGUGAGGGGCAUCGGAUGCAUCCACAUCACUGAGGAAUCCGAGGAGUUUGAUCAAGGUCGAGAAUCAUGCAAGGCACUUGGUGGAGAUCUAUUCGUGGCUGACAACAAAGACCAUUACCUGCGCCUGGCUCAACAUUUCAGAUCUACAGACCAAGUUUCAGACGUAAAAUAUAUGUGGGUGGGCGUGAAGGAAGGCGUAUGGCUCAGCGGAAGGGAAGUAGAUCCUGCAGAGGAGGCGCCUGAAAACCCUUCCAUGACGAGUGAAAAAUGCAGUUACACUGAUGGCGAUCCUGGAGAAGACUUCCUGCUCUGGACCGACCCUUGUUAUUACGAGUGGAGAAGUCUUUGUCAGCAAGAGAUCUAACUGAAAAGGAAGAUUUCUCAAGAUGUGGCAGCAUUUUCCUGUGUCAAUUCGGCCUCAAGAAUUUUCAUACACUUUUUUUUUUGUACCUCGUGUUCUUAUCAGUGUGUUCUUUGAUUAGGUUUUGUGUACCUUCCGAGUUAUAGAAAGAAGUGAUACUUAAUCAUUCAUUACAGAUAGAAAGGACUUCAGUUUAUCUUUCACCGAUAAAUUGUCAUAAUGUUAGUAACUACACCCAAUCAAAAGCUUCUCUGAAUAACUAGAAAAUAAAAAAAUAAAUAAAUAUCAACAC